CUAACGUAACCUAACGCCUCCCGGUAGGAAGCGGGUUAGCCGAUGCCGCUGAAGGAACGGGGCUGAGCGGGUUUAAUUCGGCGCUGAAGAGAAGCUGAGACUGUUUGGGGCGCAGAGGAGGCUUUAAUACAUAUCUGAACACAUAGAGACAAAAGGCGCGGGGGUGAAUUGUUUUUAAAAAGUGAUAAAAUCGCUGUUUUAUGGCCGGGAAAAGGAAAGGAGCCAUGUAGCGCUAGCUAGCUUAGCUAACUAGCACAGGUCUGGUUUACAGCUGGAGCUGUUCAGCGGUCAGUUUAACUAUGUUAUGUGAGUAUACAGAUAUUUAUUACAGUUAUUUCGCUGGUUAAAAUGUGGAUAUACCUUAGGUAGCUGACUAAAGCCGGUAAAAGUGUGCUAAUCUGACGGAUUUAUCCUAGUUUAGCUAUCUACCUAGCUAGCGGCUGUACCCGUUAGCCCAGACUGUCACCCACAGGUAAACAAACCCAGCCUGGUCUCUGACAGCCCGCCCCGCUCUAACGUUAUCUUACCCCAAACUGGAUAAAACCCUGGAUCUGGUCGGCCUGAAUUCUGGGUCGGCCGGGGCUCUGACCCCCCAGAAGAAGAUGAAGAAACGCAAGGAGCUGAACGCGUUGAUCGGGCUCGGCGACAGCAAGAGGAAGAAGACCAAGAAGUGCUCCGGCCACCGGCUACUGCGGACCGAGCCGCCCGGCUCAGAGUCAGAGUCCAGCUCCGAGGACGAGGAGUUCAGCGGCCUGAGCAGCGGUGGAGUUUUCAGAAAAAGUUACACUCAGUGCUGCACCAUCUGCUACCCGCUGUGUGUGUUCAUAAUUUUGGCUGCUUGUGUCAUGGCCUGUGCUGGACUGAUAUGGAUGCAGAUAGCACUAAAAGAAGAUUUGGAUUCCCUCAAGGAGAAACUUCGCACUAUGGAAUCAAGCCAAAAGGCGUCUUCACAUGACAUACCAAAGCUUAGUGAGGAGCUGAAGGCCAAGCAGCGGAUUUUGGAGGACAUAGAGAGUGGAGACAAGGGCCUGAAUAAACUGUGGUCAAAUCUUACAGAAAUCAACAGAAAAAUUAGUACACUGGACUCUGCUGUUAACCACCUGAAGGCAAACAUUAAAUCAGCAUCAGAUUUGAUUACUCUGCCAACAACAGUUGAAGAGCUGCAGAAGAGUGUUGCCACCAUCGGAAGCACACUGACUAGUGUUCAACAUGAUGUUCAGAUGAUUCAGACCUUUAUAGAGGACCAGAAGAAAGGAGAGAACCAACAAAAGGGUCAGACGGACCCUCCACAGUCUAUGGACCCUGAUGAUAGCAGCAGACGCCUUGGUGAAGGGACAGAAAACAGUAGUAAUUCUGGAUCCACACAGUCAUCAGGCUCGAACCCCACACGUCAUCCACGGUUUCUAAAUAAGAACCGAGCCAAGAGAGAGAAUGCACCUACACAACAGCGUCUAACGCUCCCAGGAGUCAAAUCUGUUGAAGAUUUGGAGAAGCUCCUGCAAGCUCAGCCGGACUUCUCGUCUGGAGGCGUGUCGUAUGAAGAUUUAAGGAAGAUCUUUGGGCCGUCCACUCCAGGCGCCCACCUUCUUGAGCCUUAUGAUGUGGAUCGAGACCACAGGUAUACCCUGGCGGAGCUGCAGGCUGCGAUUGCUCUGUGAGCUCAGCCCUUGUUUUGUUUUUUUGUCAGUGGAUCAAUGCAAACGGGUUGGGGCUGGGUUCCUGAUCGUGGAACGGCCGUGUAGAACAAUAACUUGAUAUACGAGAACACUUUUCCCUUGAGCCCCGAACAAACAGCUGGACGACACGCUGACUCAGUGGAUAUACUGUUCAGGGGGGCUCACAAUGACUGCUGCACUUUCUAAUUUCGUUUAAUCAGUAUUCGAGUGGUUAACUGGCAAACAGCAGACGGACCUUCUUUGCAUGCCAUGAGCACAGGGUACAUGUCACCAGUUCAGCUGUUUACUUUACUUUUACUUUGGCGAUCACAGGUAUGAUGUAAGCGUUUACAGUGCUCUAAUAACUCUCUAAUUGACCUCCAAACAACUGAUUUUGAAGAUUCUGAAUGUUAAUGGUUUGUUUUAGUAGAUGUGAAUGUGAAAGGAAUAAAUAGUUAAUCAGAAGUUAAUACUCAUUGCAGUUCCUGCUGGCCACUUUGAGGCCUAACAUAAAAAUUAAGAAAUGUAUGCUAGAUUUAUUCUCACGAAACGUCACUUUUCCCACUGGUGAUUAUCUGAAUGUUUGUAGUCAUGUUUUUCUAUGAGUACACAAUCAUGCUGAAAUGUUCUCUAGGCUAGUAGUUUUUUUUUUUUUUUGUCUUUUUAUCUCCCUUAUUUAUAUCCUAUCCUAUUGAAAUAUAAUCCCUUCUAAUUAUAAUCUGAAUUCACUAUUUGAAGGGCUAUAAAGAUAAUAAGCUUUCUCAUUAUUUAAUGUACAGUUGAUUUACUCAUUCAGCAGAUGUAGCAUCUGCCCAGACCAAGAUUAAGUGUCUAAAGGCCUAUUCACACAAAGCAAAUUUUUUUCGCAUUAAAUUUUUACCUAAAUUUGCCUACUCCACAUUUUUUUUUUUUUUUGUGAACUAUAAAACUAAAAAAAAAACUAAGUUUGCCAUAUAAGCUUUUGUCUUUUGCUGCGAACAGGAUGAGCUGUUCUGCUGCUGUCUAUAUGCUUGUUUUGUUUAGUCUACAAAAGGACUAUAGCGAAUAAUUAAUAACAAAAAAAAGUGAAAUAAGUCAAAUGUGAAAAACUGAAUCAUUUAUACCACAUAGUGAUAUUUAAGGUGCUGUGGUCAAAUCACAAUCAGCAUGGACUGAGGUAUCCUUUGUAAAUAUUGCAGUUGCGAGAUUGCAAAAUUAAAGCCUGUAAAAAGCCAAAGUUCGGUUAUUCAGCUUUUGGCAAAAUGUUUCCCUUUGUCUAAUUACAGCCACACAUUUUAAAUUUAAUGCACCCCGAGUCUGAAAUCAUGUUGGCGGAGCUCCGAUUGUCCAGCUUUUUACUAAAACAUCUGUACAGUGGAGAAAAUAGAGCAGGCUCCGACUUAAAAAUGUAUUUGUCGUUGGCACCGUAAAUAUAUUUGUGUUCUUUUUUUUAAGCUUGAUGUUUUUUUUGUUUGUUUUUAUAAAAGUUAGACUUUGUGUGAAUAGGCCUUAUGCCUUUAUUGGACAAAAACAGCAUGUUUAUUGUUUAACCCUCUUGUUAUGUUCAUUUGUAAGGAACAGCAAUAAUGUUCCCAGGUCAAAUUGACUCGUUUUUAACAAGGUUUAAUAUUCCAAACAUAUUUAACAUGAUCAAUAUUUUCACCCUUUGCAUAUCAUAAUUUACUGAGCCUAAAAUGAUUUGGAACAGUAUGCGUGUAAUAGGAGAGUGUAAUAGGAGCGUGUAAUAGGUUUCCUGCAUCAAAAAUGAUUGGAAAAAUAUUUUUCUGUAUUUAUUUCAGUUUAGAAACAGGACCGUUUGAUCUGCAACAUAAAAGAAGGGUUAAUCCAUUAAAUUGAUCAUUUAUGCCUAAAGGCAUGUGUUCUGGCUCACACUCUUUGUACCCCAGUUGUGUUUAAAGGACUAGAAGGAUAAUUCUACACAGUUUGUCCAUUUACAAGGAAAAUCUUAAAGUCCUGACAGGUAGUGAAAAAAACACUGAUUUGGUUUGAGUGUAUAUUUUUUAUAUUGCUAUAUGCUAAUGUUUCACAGACUGUCCAGUCACAUUAGACUGUCUGAUGUUCAGUGAUGUAAAUAUAUGAACCUGGUAUUAGCCUGAGUGUCAGCCCAGUGGCAGCAGCACCGCUUUUGUCCUGCUAAACGUAAACUGCUUCAUUGUUUCCCUCUUACUAUUGUUUUCCUCCAGUCUCUCCAUGACCCACUUAGUUUACUUGAUUUUGCUUGAUUUUCCAGUCGGUGACUUUUUGAAAUUGAAGUUUUAGAUCAGAGGCGAGGCCCAACAAAUAUCUGGCAGUUUUGCUAUAUGGACCAGUCGGCCAUUGCUACAGCCAAUGAGAGCGCCAGACACCAUUACACAGACAAGACGAGACAAAUUUAUAUAGUGUGAAAGGUACAACCAUGUGACCACUCCAAAAGUUGUGUAGUGUGAACCUGAUGUAUGCUACUUUCCAGUUUUAAGCUGGAAAUGCUUAUCAUUUUAAAACUAAUAUCAAAGAACAAACAAUAUCUUCAAUGCUGGCUUUAACUGGCGUCACUUGGAGCUUCAGUCCAACUUGUUCUCCAGCCCACUCGUGAUGCAGACCUGGCUGAAUGUGUUUAAUGUCAGACUGUUUGUAGCAGAAGCAAUACACCAUGUCAGCUGGCUGGUGCUUGGGCUAAUUUUUAACUACUUUAUGUAUUAAUAAAGAUUGUUCUUAUGAAGGUUUAGGUUGGAUAACUGGAUCAUGCAAAAUAAUUCUCAGCAUUGUACAUUGUACUGAAUUCAGGUUUGCUUUGCGUUUUGCUUUCGACAUAACAUGUAUAAAGGCCUAAUUUAUCCCAAA